AUGUGCCAUCCACCUCCACCCCACCAUCCUUUCUUUCCCACCGCGCCGUCCUCUCUCCCUCCCACCCACCCUCGCCUCCCACCCGCCCUCGCCUCUCCUUCCUACCCGCCGUCGCCGCUCCCUCCUCCCGCCGUCGCCGCUCCCUCCCACCCCGCCGUCGCCUCUCCCUCCGCCGUCGCCUCUCCCUCCGCCGUCGCCUCUCCCUCCGCCGUCGCCUCUCCCUCCGCCGUCGCCUCUCCCUCCGCCGUCGCCUCUCCCUCCGCCGUCGCCUCUCCCUCCGCCGUCGCCUCGCCCUCCCCAUCGUCGCCUCCCUCCCCAUCCCGUCGCCUCCGCUCCCUCCCAUCCCGUCGCCUCCGCUCCCUCCCAUCCCGUCGCCUCCGCUCCCUCCCAUCCCGUCGCCUCCGCUCCCUCCCAUCCCGCCGUCGUCCCCUCCCACCCCGCCUUUGCCUCUCUCACCUACCCCGCCGUCGCCACUCCCUCCCAUCCUGCCGCCGUCUCUCCCUUCCAUUCCGCCGCUCCUCGCCCUCAUCCCCGCCGCGCCACUCCCUCCCGUCCCGCCGUGGGGAGGUUUGA